CAAGGGCAAAGAAAAGGGAGAAGCAUCAGCUGUAGAGGGAAAGAGCCAGCAAUAAUGGAUGCAAAUAAGAGAUCAGGAAUUGCUCUUCUUGUACUUCUUGUUGCAGUGUCCUGCCUUGCCGGUCCGUCCUCGGCUCGCACCCUCACCGGUCUUGAUUUUCUCGCUCGAGUGAUCAAGGGAGAGAGAGUUACACUAAUAACCUGCAGCGAAUGCGUGUGUCCACUGCAAACAAGUUCAUCUGACGAAGAGUACAAAUGCUACUGCACGGAUACUUACUUGAUCUGCCCGAUCUUUUGCAAGAACUGCAAGGGCGAGCUCGGAGAGUACAUGUGCCUCGACAUGGUCUCGCCCAACCAAUGCCUAACAUCGGUCUCCUCCUCGGAGGCAAAGCAAAAGAUCAAGUUGCUGCAGGGUCGUGAAUGAGUGAAUAAGUGAGCAAGAGAUCGAAGUGCGUGUGAUGCAUAGUUAUAUAAGUAGCAAGUUAAGGGAUAUCGUAACUUGCUAAUGUAUUUGCAGCUUAAAUAAAUGGAUCUUGUGUGAUCCAUGCAUGCAUCUACGUACCUAUCUAUCUAUAAACUAUGCUUCUUUAUGUUCGUAAUGUGAAGCAGAAGAUGUACUAGAAUGGCUUGUUUCGUAGUAUAAAAUUUGUGAUCGUUAUCCGUAUAAAUUAAUAUGUUCCUCUAAUAAAAAUGUAUCUCUUCUUUAA